CGCCAGCGCCCCGCAGGAACGCGAGUGCGCCUCCGGCUCCCAGAGUGAAGGAGAGGAGGGGCCGGACUUCGACGCGGUCAUCUGCAAGCCCCUCCGCACACCUCACCGCGCGGGCGGGCCGCCUUCCCCAGCUUUCGACCGACCUACGAGAGAGAACUUGGGCCGACCUUCCGGGAGUCAACCGGGGGAAAGGGACACUGGUUUCAAGUUGGUCAGCCAGGGCACCCAUCUAACAUUACUGGUUGGCGAACGUACCCCACAACCACUGCCAGGCUAGGGGCUUUGCGUACAUUUAUUUAAUCUACACAACCCUAUGAGGAACAUGAGAAUUUUACAAAUUUGGAACUAUAGCUCCAGGUAACGUGGUCUUAUAUUACCGUAGAGCCCAGAUUCAAAUCCAGGAUCCUGCUUCAGAGUUCUUUUUUAAGUCUCCUACGAGAUUUUUUCUACUGCCUUAGUGCAUGUCACCAUAGCUGCUUUUUUCAUUUCUGUAUGGUAAAUUUUUCUCUGAAACAAGAUUCUAAGAGACUCUUCUUGAAUCAAACCCAGAUAAAAGAUUAAUCGCCUGAAAAACAGCCAGAACACAGCCAGAAUGGCCACAGACUUGGAACCUGAGGAACAAAAAGGACUUUUGAUAGUUAAAGCAGAAGCCCUUUACCUGGGACAGGACUCCAUGUUACAAAAGCACAGGAGGGAACUCUUCAGACAGCACUUCAGAAAGCUCUGCUAUCGUGAUGCACCUGGACCCCGGGAAGCUCUGACCCAGCUCUGGGAGCUUUGUCGCCAGUGGCUGAGGCCAGAAUGCCACACCAAGGAGCAGAUCUUAGACCUGCUGGUGCUGGAACAGUUCGUGAGCAUUCUUCCUAGGGACCUGCAAGCUUGGGUGCAAGCGCACCAUCCAGAGACAGGGGAGGAGGCAGUGAGUGUGCUGGAGGAGCUGGAGCGAGAACUUGAUGAACCCCAAAAGCAGGUGCCAGACAAUGCAGAGAGACAGGACACACUCUUGGACAAGACACCCCCCUUAGGAAGACCACACAAGUCACUGACAGUCCAGCUUCAUCCCGAGAAGAUCCAGCAGGAGCAGAAAUCUGGGAAGCCCCAAAGGCAUGGUGAUAAAGCCAGGCCUAAGAAUGAAGAGUUGCCCCAGCAGGCAGAUAAACCCAAAGACAUGGAAUUACUUGGGACCAUGAAUGACCAACUUAACAAAGACAUUCCCCAGCAUCCUGAAUCCAAGUAUUCUACUGAAAGUGAGGGCAGAUUAGAGUGGCAACAGAAAGGGGGACGACGCUAUAAAUGUGAUGACUGUGGAAAAAGUUUCAGUCACAGCUCAGACCUUAGUAAACACAGGAGAACUCACACUGGAGAGAAGCCCUAUAAAUGCAAUGAAUGUGGAAAAGCCUUCAUUCAAUGGUCACAUCUCAUUGGCCAUCAUAGAGUACAUACUGGAGUGAAACCCUACAAAUGUAAAGAGUGUGGGAAGGAUUUCAGUGGGCGCACAGGUCUUAUUCAGCAUCAGAGAAUCCACACAGGUGAAAAACCCUAUGAAUGUGAGGAGUGUGGGAGGCCCUUCCGUGUAAGUUCGGCCCUGAUUAGACAUCAAAGGAUUCAUAUAACAAAUAAGCUCUGCUAAUACCGAGGAAGUAGGAUGAAUUCUUGAGACACUCAGGCCUAAUAAUUAUCAGAGAAUCUACCUUAGAGACCUAAUUUGGGCAAAGUUUCAAUCAUUAUUAAAAACUUCUCUGGCACCAGAGAAUUGAGUAAAAUUUCCUUUUAUUUCUAAGCUAGUUCAGUUUCUUGGGAAACUGAAUUUUUUCAGAAAGCCUAGUCCACUGACAAAACUGCUUUCUUACAGCCCAAGAUAACUGUUUCCUGGGAGGAGUGAUCUACAUCCUGGUUCUGGCUCAUUUUUACUUGACCGACGAUUCUGCCUAUGACUUUAGGCAAGAUCCUCUAAUUUUUCUCUGCCUUCAUUUCCCCUUCUAUAAAAUGCAGAUGUUAUAAUAGAGAAUGUUGGUUAAAAUAGAUGAAACUGCUUUUGAAAUUAAGAGCUAACACAGUACUAUUUAUCUUCCAUCAUUACUUAUAAAAUGGCCUAAUUGUUUCUAUUUUAUCUUAAAGUAGGAGGAUAAUCAUUGCGUGGAAUGUUUUUGUUUGCCAAUGUCAAAAGAGUAAACUAUCCAAAAUGACAUGCUGAAGAGGGCCUCCCCUGGUGGUGCAGCGGUUGAGUGUUGGGCUGCGAGGCUGCCCGCAGCCUAUGCAGCGCUGGUUUAUUCCCGGCUGCUGGCGAGAGUCCCACCAAAAAAAAAAAAAAAGAUGCUGAGGAAAAAUAAAGUGGAAAGGAAAACCGUAAGUGAUCAUUAGAAACUGCUGGAAAGGGAGAUAAUAAAGUGUGUUAAGGAUCUGUACCUGAAGAUAAAUCUCUUCUAAGUCUGGUCAUUGUAAACUAAAGUAGAUUGGUCUAGAACUGCACUAUCCAGAAUGGCUGUCAGUACCGACACAUGGCUGUAUCAAUUUAUACUUACACUAACUCAAAUAAAAUGAAAAAUUCUGUUCCUUCAAGACAUUAGCCACACUUCAAGACUUCAAGUGCUCAAUAGCCAUAUAUGCUAGUAGCUAUGUAUUAGAAAGCACAAACAUAGGCCAUUUUUAUCACUGCAGAAAAUCUAAAGGCCACUACUGUCUAAAUUGAUCACACUCUCCAGCUUUGAUAGUUCAAUUUACUUUUAAAGUCUUUACAUCACUGAUCCAAAUGCUUAAAAUUCCAAGUUUCAUGUAUUUGUUUUAUGACAUUAUCUGAGGAAUAUUUCAAAGAUCUGAAAUAUGAAAAGUAUUAAAUGUUGGUACUAGAAACAUCUAACAAAAAAUAGGUGCUUAGAAAUGAUAGCUCCUCCCAGGGCUCCUCUACCUUUAGUCUUCCCAAGAAACAUUGUUUCAUGAAGCAGCUGUUUACAAUCUGUAAAGGGAAACUCAAGUUUCUGAUCUUAUGUUUCCCUGAAUUUAGAGGAGCUUCUGCAAUGAUAAGAAAGAUGACCGUGGCUAUGACAAGAUUAGGAUUCCUAAUGACAGACUGAUUUACCUCUACCAUCCUCUGGAUAAUAGAACAUUAUAUUCAGGAAGUAGUUCCAAGUCCCCAUGAUAUGUAAAGAAGUGCUGUCUUGGGCCUCCCCUGGUGGCGCAGUGGUUAAGCGCUGGGCUGGGAAGCUGCCCGCAGCCUUUGCAGCACCGGUUCAAUCCCUGGCCACCGGCAAGGGUCCCAUGAGUCGUGCAGACCUCUCCUGCCGCACCCGCUGCUCCCCGCUCUGGCUCUGGUGAAUUCUCUCACACUCCCACACUUCUGACUGUACCCAGUGCUUGUAUAAAUAAAUAAAUAAAUAAAUAAAU